AUGGAUAAGUUCUAUAAGGAGAAGUUUAAUCGAGAGAAGGGGAAGUCCAGCUACACCAACAUGAAAACCCUGCCGGAGGUGGAGCACGCCAUGGAGGUCAACAAGAACCAGAGCGAUGUCGGCUACAGAAAAGGCAAAGAAGAGCUUCACCACUACAGCACGCCGGCAGACAGGCCUGACAUCGUCAACGCCACCAACGCUGCUAAACUGGCCAGCGACGUUGCCUAUAGGAAUAACACCAAGCUGCCAGUUUACAGUGACGGCUGUCUUUUGGCCAGAACCGACAUCCAGCACGCUAAAGAUGUUUCAAAACUGGCCAGCCAGGUGAAGUAUAAGGAGAGUUUCGACAGGCACUUAAAGGGCCAGAGGCCUCGUUACAACCCGCUGGACUGUGUCUCCUUCAAACACACACAAGCUGCUGCUGCUCUGGCCAGUCAGGUGAAGUAUAAAACCAACCAGAACCAGAAACCAGAGGGUUCUUCAGACCUGCCGAACCUCCUGCAGCUGGAACACGUUCUGCACGCCAGUAAACUGCAGAGUAAUGUGGAGUAUAAGAAGAAGUACGAGCAGACCAAGGCUCAUUACCACAUACCUCUAGACACGGCUGAACAGCUCCACCACAAGGAGAACGCGGUGCUGCACAGCCAGGUGAAGUACAGAGAGGAGUAUGAGAGGAGCAAAGGUCGCUCUCAGAUGGAGUUUGGAGACACUCAGACGUACAAAGUGUCUAAAGAAGCACAGAAGAUGCAAAGUGAGGUAAAACUCUCUUCUCUCGGUCCUGUUUGUUAA